AUGGCAUCCAAAGCGCCAAUUCCCCAGAAUGAUAACGUUGCCCAUGCCCUCGCUGGCGCAGGUGGCGGACUCUUGUCCAUGGUCCUCACAUAUCCCCUCAUCACUCUCUCGACCCGCGCCCAAGUCGAGUCCAAGAAGGCCGAAUCGAAUUUCCUCGCCGCCGUCCAGAACAUCAUCGCGCGCGAGGGCGCCUCGGGCCUGUACUCGGGCAUCAACUCGGCCCUGUUCGGCAUCAGCGUCACCAACUUUGUGUACUACUACUGGUACGAAUGGACCCGCGGCUCCUUUGAGCGCGCCGCCAUCAAGGCCGGUCGUGCGGGCCAGAAGCUGACCACGAUCGAGAGCAUGAUCGCCGGUGCGAUCGCCGGCUCCGCCACGGUCAUCAUCACCAACCCCAUCUGGGUUGUCAACACCAGGGUCACCACCCGGAAGCAGAGCACCGAGGUGGACCCGGAAUCCGGCGAGACCAAGCCCACGCGUGCACCCAGCACCAUCGGCACCCUCAUGGCCCUGCUGAAGAAUGAGGGGCCUCAGGCUCUCUUCGCGGGCGUCCUGCCUGCGCUGGUGCUGGUCAUCAACCCCAUUCUCCAGUACACGCUCUUUGAGCAGAUGAAGAACGCUGUCGAGAAGAAGCGCAAGGUCACGCCCACAAUCGCCUUCUUCCUGGGCGCCCUGGGCAAGCUCUUUGCCACCUCGGUGACCUACCCUUACAUCACCGUCAAGAGCCAGAUGCACGUCGCAGCGCACUCGGAUCGCAAGGAGGGCAUGACCGAGGCCCUGCGCCGUGUCGUCCGAUCUGAGGGCUACGCCGGUCUCUACAAAGGCAUCGGCCCCAAGGUCACUCAGAGUGUCCUGACAGCGGCCUUCCUGUUCGCCUUCAAGGAUGUGCUGUACGAGCAGACUGUCAAGCUCCGCAUGCGCAAGCGCCUGGGAGCCUAA